AUGUCGCUUGUGCAGCCCAUGGCUUGCCAGCAGCGGAUGCAGUACAGCAGUGAAAAGAAGACGCCCCCACCCCGGCCAGUGUACACCCUGCCGCCUAAAUACGCCAAAGUGGCACGGAGCAUCCUCAGCUACUUCUUGCCACAGUAUCAGGCACAGAACAUUGGCAAGGAGCUGUACAAGAUCAGCAGCACAUACCCGCAGUUCCAGGAGUUCUGGGUCGCCGAGUGUGAUCUUCCCGAAUCUUUCCAGACGUGGUUUUCAACCUCGUCGCUGUACGUGUGGAUGAUGCUGGUACGCAUUCGCGCCGACCCGAACGCCAAGCACUACAACCAGGAGUUGGUGGACUGUUUCUUCCGUGAUGCUGAGAAGAAGAUUCGCGACAGCGGAGUCAAGUCGGGCCGCAUUGUCAACGACACGCUGAAGGACCUUGUGUCGUCGUAUAAGGGCACGGUGAUGUCGCUAGACGAGGGGCUGGUGCGGUCGGAUGCCGUGCUAGCUGCAGCUAUCUGGCGCAACCUGGUGCCAACAGACGGUGCCAUCCUGGAGAUUGAUGCCGUCACCAAGUACGUGAGGACGCAGCUGGCGCGUCUGGACAAGACCACUCUGGAGCAGCUCAUCCAGGGCGAGUUCUCGUUUGACCCAAUCAAAUAA